CUCCUCCUCCUCCUCUUCCUCCUCCGCCCCUGCCGGCUGCAUUACGAGCGCCCGCGCCUCCCGCUGCGCACAUUGUCCAAUUCACCGCGCCCGGAGCGGCUCGUCCCACCGUGGCAAAGCGGUGCCCGAGCCUGUAGCCAGCCGUACCCGGUGCCGCGGUCACCCCCGAGCCGUGCCCGGUGCCGCGGUCACCCCCGAACCGUGCCCGGUGCCGUGCCCGGUGCCGCGCUCCGCUCCCCGCCGCUCAAGAUGCGCUGGGCGCUGGACCCCGCGGCCCGACAGCUCUGCCUCCCGCUGCUGCUGCUGCUGCUGGCCACGGUGCGUGGGGUCGCGGCCCGAUCGUGGAGAGCCCAGCAGGGGGCUGCUUUGGGACCUGCUGCAGCAGCACUGGAUAAAAGGGAGACGUUUGAACCCUUGGACCCAAGCAGGGGAGGGGGAGAGUUUUACCAAGUCCAGGACAGCGAUCUCUAUUUUAAGCACUAUUGUAGGAAGUGCCCCGCAGGCACCUACGUUGCACAGCACUGUAAAGAGCAAAAUGGCUCCAGCAAGUGUUUGCCGUGUAAGGAAGGGGAAUACACCGAAUACCCAAACGACUUUCUCAGUUGCCUUGGCUGCCAGAGGUGCAGGGAAGAUCAGGUGGAGCUGAGUCCCUGCCACGCAGUCAGGAACACGCAGUGCGCCUGCAAGAGCGGCACCUUCUGCUCCCCGUUCCAGCCCUGUGAGCUGUGCCAGAAGUGCCGGUCCCGGUGUCCCAAGGACGAAGUGGAGCAGGCUCCCUGCACACCGCACAGUGACCGCCAGUGCGGUCCUCCCACCGACACCUUGUCCAGCUCCUCUGUCAACUUGAUCGUGAUAUUCGUGGUGAUAACUGUGGUCACGCUGGUCCUCUGUAUGUGCUGCUGCUGCUGUCCCCAAGGGCACGGGAGACAGCUGAGCAGGAAGUCCUGCAACAUAGUGGAUUACCUGAUGCGACAGCUAACAAGUUACCGGCGCAGGGGCCCAGGGACACACGACAACCACCACAACGAACAGGUCUUCCAGGAUCAGCUGCUCUCCACGGUGUCGGUUUCGGCAGCUCCCAGUGCUGUGAGGCCAGAGGUGAUGGUGCCGAGGACCUCAUGUCCCAUUGUGAAAUCCAGGAGAAAUCUGGUUCCAGUGCAAGGAGAAGACCCUGUUAAUCUUUUGCAAGGCGCUCUUGAAGUCUUUGCCGAAGACGUGCCCCCCAAACAGUGGAAGAAAUUUUGCCGAGCCCUUGAUCUGCCAGAGAACACCAUUACCCUCAUGGAGAUGAACAAGGAGGAGUUCUUCCAGAUGCUCAGAACCUGGCAGAACAGACAAGGGGUGAAUGCCUCCGUGAACACGCUGCUGGAGGCCCUGCACAGGAUCAGUCUCGGAGGGGUUGCAGAGGACAUCUCUUCCAAGCUGGUCCAGCAGGGAUCUUACCAAUAUGAAGUGAGCUGAGGAGCAGGGCAGGCCCUGCAUUUCCCUACUUCAAACUGAGUCCAUGCAUACCUCUAAAAACACUUGAGUUUUAUCUUUUUAUAGCUCUCCUGUGCCUUUUCUCCUUUUGAAGCCAUUGUACAGUUCAGCUGAGCCCAGAGGAGCUGAUCCUCUUGUGAAGUACAAACCUCACGGUCCUCUCUGCUGAAGCUACAGACUUGUUGGUGCUUCCUUCUGAAAUCCAAGCUGGUGCCUUGAUUUCACUGGGUCAAUUGCAAGCUGCCUCUGGGAUCGUCUCACUUGGAAGGCUGGUACUAUACAGACAUCUUCAGGAUCUGUGCAGAGAAGGGUGUCUGUAGGUUUUCAAGUGGUUGUAGGCAUCCCUGUGUUUUUUAACUGGAUCAUCCCUUUCUUUGAGGGAGGGGGGGGCUCCUGGCAUGCAAUGGCUUCUACUUGUAAAACAUCUCUAAGCUGGCCAGCAAGCUUAAUGCUGUACGCUUGGUGGGCAAGUAUCAACUGGAUUCUUAGGUUAGUUUCUCAAAGCUGCCCACUGACUUGCAUUUUAGCUAAUAGUGGUUCUGCUUGUUGUUAGGAGCCAGUUUGAAACUGGACUUUGAGGGGAGGGUGGGAAUGAUUUACCUGCUCCGUGAUCGCUGAGGUUGCCUAAGAAAAUAGUCAGCGCAGGGAGCAAGCGAGCUCCUCCUCAGAGCCGGAUGGGGAACGUGGGCAGCAAACUAUGAGUGUGCCAGAAACUUCCUUCUCCGUGUGACCCUGCACAAGUUGGCUAGCUCACGUUCCCUCGGCCGUGGGGUGGCUUUGCUGUCCCUGUCUGUCUCCAGCCAGCAUGGAAAGGCGAACGCAUUGAGGUCCGUGUGUGACUGUCGGUACUCACCAUCCGUCCUCCAGCUGGAUGCGUUGCUCCUCAAACACUUUGCGCCUUGCUCUGGCUCUCACACAGCUCAGGGACAACUUGGCUGGCAGAACUGCGUUACUUGAACUAGCUCCAUGUGCCGCAACCCCAGUACAGCCCAGCACACCAGGACCUUCCCCACCAUGGUGGGAGAGCGCGAGGGGCAUCACCAGCCCCUCUCUGCAGCCAGGGCUGCAGCACCCAUCCUCCUACUGCUUCUCCCAUGCUCCUCACCAACACUUAAAAAGAAAAAUCCUCUCUACAAAACACAAGCAGAACAUUUGUAUUUAUAUAUUUAUUUAGUAAUUGGAAACGUACAUAUAUUAACUUAAAAGCUAGUAUAAAAAUAGUAGUUUUUUACUAUGCAUGAUUGUGUGUUUUUAUACAGAGCUCUGGCCCAGCCAGUUUACUAUUUCCAGUUUUUACAUGUCUCUGUAUGAAGGAAGAAUAAACUUUAAAAAAAUC